GGUUCUGGAAUGGCUGAGAAAGUACGAUGGCUUCCGUUGGAGUCAAACCCGACAACGAUCACAAAGUUUAUGCGAAGAAUUGGAGUGAACGAUGUUGAGUGUGUGGAUGUAUUUGGAUUUGAUAGUGAACUGGAUUUUUUGCCACGUCCUUGCUAUGCAUUGGUUCUGUGUUUCCCAAGUCCUCAGAUAGAGGGGCUGUUGAAUCCAAUUUACGAAAAGUUGCGAACAGAAGGUGUAGAGAAGAUGGAUAACGUCUUCUUCAUGAAACAAAAAAUCGGCAACGCCUGUGGGACAUUUGCACUCUUUCAUUCGUUAGCAAACAACAGAAAGAAUAUCGACUUGGGUAAUGGCCCUUUUAAAAAGUGGUUAGACGAAGCGUUGAAACUUGACAUUGAUCAGCGCUCUGAUUUUUUGGCUCAGUUUAAAGAACUGGCGGAAGCACAUGAAGAAUGUGCGGAAGGCGGUGACACCAGCGUUAGUCUGGAUGGACCUGUGGAACACCACUUUUUGUGUUAUGUCAACAUCGAUGGGAAGCUUUAUGAAAUAGAUUCGAGCGCCCCAUUUCCGCGAGACUGUGGACCAACAACGGAACAGACUUUCUUAAAGGAUGUUGGAAAAAUCUGCAAGGGAUUUAUGGAGCAACUACAAAAUAUUUCGUUUAGUGCUCUCGCUCUCGUUUAUUCACCAUGA